AUAUACUAUAUCUAUCUUACACCAGAAGCUGGGUCUGUUUUUAAGCACAGAGUGGCUACUCUUCCUCAAAAGACGAUCUUCGCUGCACGCUGCUGCGUCAGACAGGAAAACAAACAGCAGCUGCUUCCGGUUUCCCCGCCCUCAGUCAGCUGUCACUCGCUUGUUUGCAAACAGCUCCGUCCACCGGGUCCAUGCUCCCUCCUGCGUCCUCUGCGGGCCUUUAGCUCCUCCGCGAUGGGGGAAAACGACGAAAGCGACAUCAUAGAGCACCACGUCGAGGAGGAGAUGGAGAAGAAGGCCAUAAGGAGUCACACGGCGUCCUCCUCGUUCCUGGAGAGCGUCACUCCGUCCGACAGAGAGGGCCACAGCGGCACCCAGUCCUCCCACAGACUGCUGGCCUACAGUGAUGCGCUCAUCUCCAUCAUAGCCACCGUCAUGAUAUUACCUGUCGCCCAUACGAAGGUUGAAGAUAACGAGGAGUUAAGAGAGAGCGUUCAGCUUCUGCUGACAACAAAGAUCGCUGUUUACUUAAUGACAUUCCUAAUUGUGAGUGUUGCAUGGGCGGCUCAUAUCAGGUUAUUUCAAGUGAUUGUACGAAUUGAUGAUUGUCUUGCACUGCUGAACCUUGCCUGCAUGAUGCUGAUAACCUUUCUACCGUACACAUUCUCUCUGAUGGCGACCUUCCCUGUUAACAUCCUUGGGAUUUUACUGUUUUGUGGUUGUGUGAUGGUGAUCGGCGUCAUUCAGUCGUUGAUCGUCUUGUACGCCUUCAGCCGCCCCUUCCUUCUCAACGAGCAGAUCCAGAUCUCAGAAAACCAAACUUUCUACAAACAUCACAUACUCAAAGUCAUCAUGAGGGUUCCUCUCAUGUGCUUAUUCGCCAGCAUCUUCUCCUUCAUCUUCUUCCAGCUGUCUUACGUGCUGUUAGCCAUUGUCAUCUUCCUGCCGUACAUCUCCCAGUGUUUGAAGUGGUGUCGCAGCAAAGCAAUUGGUCAGGUGGAGGAGACUCCAGACUCCAUGUUGUUCUACACAUACCUGCCUAACGAACCCCUCAGUAAAGAGCGAGUGGAGGCCUUCAGUGAUGGAGUUUACGCCAUCGUAGCAACGCUUCUCAUCCUGGACAUAUGCGAGGACAACGUUCCAGACCCGACGGUUGUAGAGAAGCAGUUUGGCGGCAGCCUGAUCGCGGCUCUGCAGGUCUACGGCCCGGAGUACCUCGCCUACUUCGGCUCCUUCGCCACCGUCGGCCUUCUCUGGUUUGUCCACCACUCGCUCUUCCUCCACGUCACCAAGGCGACGCGCUUCAUGGGCCUGCUGAACACCUUAUCUUUGGCGUUUGUCGGAGGUUUGCCUUUAGCCUACCAGCUAACACACGAAUUCCCGCGCAACUCCCGCAACGAACUGGAAGCCAUUCAGAUUAGCUGUGUGAUAAUUUUCUUCGCAGGCAUAUUUCAGCUCGCUAUUUGGGUGGUCGCUCUUUACAGUGAACAAGAAACCCUGCACCCUUAUGUACGAUACGGCGGACGCGAGCACGUGUUUAUGCUAGCUAAGCUAGCAUUAUAUCCCUGCGUAGCUCUGGGGACGUUUUUCCUGACAUGCAUUUUGAGUAAAUUUAGCGCCUCAAUUUUCCACUUGAUGGAGAUUACGGUGCCUUUUGCUUUUCUCGUGUUGAGGCUGUUGGUGCGUGUCGGGCUAGCGCUGCUACGGCUCAUUUUCUGCCCUGAUAGACCCGACCCAAAGACUGCUAUAGAGGAGGAAGAUGACGAGACAAGAGUGCCCUUCAACCCUUUAGUUACUUAGCUAUGGAGGAGGAAAGUGCCAUAUAAAAUUAAGAUAAGACUGACAGAGCUGUGAGGCUUCGCUACAAAUGCUCGGUCUCCGAAAGAGUCGCUGGUUAUUUUCCAUUUGACUUCUUGUCCAUUUUGUAGGUUUGAAUCAAAUGGAAAGUAGGUUGUUCUGUUUAAACCUGGUUCAAAUCUUGAGAAGUAAUCAGCGAACGUAGGAUUGGAUGUGACCAAGUUGGAGGUGAAGUUGAGGUUUAUAAAACAGGUAGUGGACCAGAUGGUUUGGUAUCGACACUGACAGCCAAAGCUUAUUUGUUCAUUUAAUUUUAUACUAAUGCUGGUUUUGAUUAGUAAGCCAUCAGAAGUCAUUGAAUGGACUUGGGUGUAGAUUAUCUUCAAGCACGCACAUGCUUAUUUUUAAAUACCCACAAUGUAGUUUACUAUUUUAAAUUUAAGCCUCUUAAGUAGUACUUGGUCAAAUGCUUCAGAUCACAUCACUCAUAACUUUGUGGAUUAUUCAGUUUACCGUAAAAAAGAACAGGCAGAGCAGGAAAAAAAAAACAGGUUUUGUAAUUAUAGUUUCAUUUCUGUGCCAAGUACAGAAAAAAAAGGAAAAGGAAAAAGAGUCCAUCCAACUGACAUGGUUUUAAUUUAGCCCGGGGGGAAGAUUUGUUGAACACGUUCAGACACAUUCAGUUACAGGAGUUCACAGGAGAGAGCUGAUGACUUAAAUAUUUUAAAAAUACUCAAGAUAAGGAAGGUUUUUUUCACAUAAUUGUCUCCUCUCAGAAUAUUCCCACCACUCCUGAGUAUAAAUAUUGAGUUGCUUGUAAGUAACCAGCCUUGGUUUUAGUCUGGAGCGCUGGGCAAUUUAAAUGUACGGGUUCCUCUAUAAUAUUUCAAAUUGCACUACUUCAAAAAUAUUUUGAUUCAGAUAUUUGUGUGUAAUCUCACCGGAAUGUGAUCUCAAUGUUCGAAAUACAUAAUAAUUCUGUACUAUUCUAUACUAUUAUCUUUUAACAGAAAGACAGUGCACUUAAAUGCCAUGUUUUUGGGGGCUUUUAUUGAUUUUUAGGUCCAGUUAUACUUGUUUAAAGUUUGACUUGAAAAUUCUUUUUUUUUUUUUACAAGGUCAUGUUAUUCUGUUUUUAUGGAGGUUUUAUGUAGUAUUUUUUUCCAGAAGGGGUCACUGUUGUUUCUGUUAAAUAUUUCUCAGCUACUUGAAGCUUCUUUUAUCACUGCUAUGAUGUUGGACAUGUACAGUAAUGUGUGUUUACUACUUAAUCAAAGGGACUCAAAUCUGAGAUGCACUUUAAUGGAGACCUGGGACAGAACAUUAUGUGGAGUUUAAAGAAUGAUUAUUGCUCAUUUCUUUGUGUCUGUGACUUACUGAAUUGGUCAUUUUAUAUUUUUGCUAUUUUUAUGUUUUGGUCCUGCUUCGAGAGUAUCGUUUCAUUUUAUGGGCAUUUACAUCUUGAUCUGUAAUCUGCAAUUUCUGUGAUUUUAUGGAAGGAAUAUUUUACGUGGAACAAGUUCUUCUGAAUAUAACAUGCACUUAUUACAGAAAGGCGUUAACAUAAAAUAUGUGCCUGAAUUUGUUUUAUCCAAGAUAAAGAACGCAAACUUUUAGCCUAAUAUAAACUAUAUCUAUAUAAUUAAAAACUGCAACGUCAUACUUUGUCAGUUACAAAUCAAGCAGCUUGUUCUCGUUUCCUUGGACACCAAACUACCACUCAGAAAUCAGCUGUUUUUUUUACAUUUGUUGUCCUUGUUGUCUAAAUGUUCCCUCUGAUCGGUCUCUGUUCUCAACGCCUCGAUGUCUGUUUGUAAUGGCUACAUAACUGCAAACGCUGCAUCUUCACUUUCUCACUGUGCUAAAUCAGUUUUUUUUUUUGUUAAAUCACAAAUUGUCGAGCUUGGUUUUGUGAAUAAAUCUGAAGUUGUUCCCUUGAAA